AUGUUUUCUGGCGCGGAAGGACUUGCAGGAGGGGAUUGGAGUGGUGGCGGUGACUUUAGUGGGGGUGGAGGCGACUUAACUGGCUUCGAAGGUAGUGGCGACGCAGCAGGUGCUAUGGAUGCGCAAUCGAUGGUCGAAGCUAACAAUGCGCAACUGGAGAUGGCAGGGAUUGGGCAAGACAACGCUAGUAUGCUAUUGGACCCGGCAGGAACAGAGUGUCAGAUGAACAUGCUUGUCGACUUUUUUCCAAACGUUCUUCGCGCAAACAUAAGAAUCGACUGGGCAUCUCCCGUACUAACUGCUCUUAUGGCCUCCAUGAAACAUAGGCACCUUCGUGCUCAGCGCAUCGCAACGGCUUUACAUAAUACACAACAGCUGGCAAUGUAUGCCAAGGUAUCAUUGUGGUUUCAGAACAGACUCAAACAAAGGAGGGCCGAAUCGGCUCAACUCUUCUUGGCAUCAUUGACUUGCAAGGAAAGGCUCAAAAUGGCACGUGCAAGUCUAGAAAAAUUGCCAAUGGAGGUGCUGCAGAGCAUCACCAAUAUUUUGGAUGCCUCCCACAGACGCAGCGUAGCAAGCUUCUCCUUGGUAAACCGACGAUGCCGUCUCGCAGCAACUUGUGCGCUUUUUCGGACGCUAAGCAUCCGCAUCGAAAAUCUAGAGAGUUUAGCCGCCGCGAUAGAACAAUGGACGGCAACUCUACAGCCUAGCGACAGUUUCAGACAUGUUCGGACACUCAAAGUUCGAGGCGAUGUCUAUGCUGACUGGGAAAGUCAUUCACGUGAUCAGGCUCCAGAUAAAGAGGUGGCUGUUACACCGCCUUUUAAGUACGAGGAUGCGUGGCUACCGCUGGUACGUUUCAUGGAAGUACUCCCGAGUCUGAAAGACAUGCACUUCCAGUGCCACGGCUCACUACCAUCUGCACUGCUACCAGUACUUUCCUACAAACAUCGAUCAUGUCGACUCCAUCUCAGCAACUUCAGCUUGGACAGCCUCAGGGUCCGCCUUCCGAAAGGCUGCACCUCGCUCAUCGAACCAAGUGCCCACGAUCUCGCAAUCGUGUCAUUGCCAAAUCUGCGCACGAUUGCAACGGAUACCGUCUGGGAUAAUAUCGCACCCACGGACUACACGCCCAACGCGCUGGCUGAGAUGCUAGCCCACUACUGUCCCUGGGUCGAAGAUAUCGAUAUCAUAUCGCGCCGCUCAGAGUCCGAGCCAAGUGCAUUUGAUUACGUGCAUUUCCCAGGUCUCAAGCACGCCCAGGAAGCGAAAGGGAAGGUCAAUUUGUCUAGUCUGUCCGUCGGCGGCGGCUGGUCAGAGCUGAACUCAUGGGACACCCAUGCCAACCUACCUGCGUUGCACACUCUCCGGCUGAAAAACGCGGAUGCAGGGUUGCUCGGAUAUGAAACAUCCUAUGGCAAUUAUUCGUCACUGAAAGUCCUCGAGUUAGGGAAUUGCCAGGGUGGCGGUCUCGAUUAUUUGGGCAAUGUCGUGAACAUUAUUCCGGAAUUCUUGGAAUCGCUGGUGCCGCUCGAGGAGAUUGCUAUAACCGGUGAAAUCAGGAAGGAAACGCUGGACGCUGUGAUGGUUCAUCAUGGUGCUAGCUUACGACGGCUUGCGCUCCCUGCUGCGUCGUUAUCGGUCAGUCAGCUCAGUGAGCUGAAUGCGAAGAUACCGGGGCUGGAACACUUGCACAUCACACUGCGCCGGACCGGAGGCGACGCAGAUGAGGUCGCACUCUACGAUACGCUAGCCACGUUCCCGCAUCUUCAAUCACUCGUUGUUGAGUUGGAUUGCUCCAUUGACAUCACCGGCGAUCUCGGCGAUACGAAUAGCUUCUCAUAUGACGACGGGUUCAUGCGGCAAACGCUUGUCAACCGCGCCAUCGAUGCUACACUGGCAGCAUCGAUUUUCCGCAGGAUGGCAAGUGGUUCUGCGCCCCUGCGCAGCGUGGAGCUUAAAGUCAAGAAUGUUGCCGAUUUUAAUAUGCUCAGUGAUGGCGCUAGUAAUGCUCAGGAGAUUGGAAAUGCGAUUACGCAUUUCACGCGGAAGUGGAUGUGCGGGUGGGAUGUUAGAGAUGAUAGACAGGGUAAGGUGGCUGCGGAAGAAUGCGAUGAGAGCAAGCGCGGGAGAUUGCUGGAUGAAGAGAAAAAUGAAGUGCGGAGAUUAGGAGCGGCAGAGGGGGCGUUUCGUCAGCUUUGGCCUGAGACGAGUGGAGAUUGGAGGGACGAUUGGAAGAGCUUUCCGCUUCAGGAGUGA